AGAGGCAAAAUUAAUUGUAUUAAAGCACAGUUGCUACCCGUCCCUCUCACUUUCUGGCCACCUAGUUCAAGAAAAAAUGAUCGACGGCAAAGCACUGGUGACUUUUUGGCUGUAUUUGGCUGUUGUAUUCACACCGCCACAAGCCAAGUCAAAGAUUACACAGCCACAGCCCCUCACUUCCUUCAAGAUCAACACGACGCUGCAGAAUACUGCAAGCAGCUGUUCUUACACGGUGACAAUAAGAACAAGCUGUUCUUCAAGUCGGUAUACACGUGAUCGGAUCAGCCUUGCAUUUGGAGAUGCUUAUGGGUAUCAGGUAUAUGUUCCGAGACUUGAUGAUCCACGUUCAAGAACAUUUGAGAGUUGCUCAACAGAUACAUUUCACAUUGAUGGGCCGUGUACAUACCAGAUCUGCUAUGUGUACCUCUACAGAAAUGGCUACGAUGGCUGGAAACCUGAGUCUAUCACCAUAUCUGGCUAUUACACUUCUUCUGUUACAUUUUACUACAACACAUUCAUCCCUAAUGCUGUUUGGUAUGGCUUUAAUCAUUGUAAUGCUGCUUCUUCUUCCGCUUGAACAAUCUUAUCACUUAAAAUAGACUUCAAUCUUUAAUUAAUAAUUUAAGUUGAUUUGAACCGUUUAA